AUGUUGGUUCGUAUACCGGAAAACGUUGUGUUCCCGAAUCUCAUCCAACAAGAUAACGAUGACGAAUUAUCUGAUAUUGACAAUGAACCACCUCGUCGUGGGAUCUUUAGAUAUGGCAGAAAGAUCGCUGACAUUAUGUUUUCAGAGACUGCCCUAAAGAUUCACCUAUUCACAUAUUGGUUAUUUUGUUUAUUCGGUAUGAUAGAAGAGCAACCUCACAGUUUACAAGUGAUCAAAGUAAUGUUGGUUGCGAUGGCGAUCAUUUUUGCCCUACUCGCUACUGUAACAAAAGCCGUCUGUCUAUUUUAUCCAUUUCUAUUCGUAAUUAUUUUCGAAUUCUCAAAGCAUGUAAUAAUCUUCUUUCUCGUUGCACUCAAACUCACCUAUCCUGAGAAAUAUGUGGCAAUAAUUCAUAUACAAGGCCUCACUAGACUACGGAAGUUAACAAAAGGCAACCGCUCAGAGGAUGAGCUUUACUAUAUAUGGUGUGGAUUUUGUGUAGUUUAUUUUGUACUAGUUGCACUAACCAUAGUUCGAAAUAUAAUGGACUAUCAAUUGAGAGAACGCUUAAGGCGUCAGCAUCAGAACGCCUAUCAACCGCACAUCCUGCCGCCCGUCCAUCGGCGAAGAUUAGUGCUUCCAAGGGAUCAAGAAGUUGGAAAUUUGAACCACGACGAUCCACCACCAUACUCGUCUGCCAUAAGACCCGGGAGCAUACUCGAAACAGCAAAAGAAGAAACAGAUCCUCCUCGAUACUCGCAACUUGAACUUCCAGUUGAUCGCACAGUAAGCUCACAAUCGUGUCUCAGUGAAAAAUCUGCUGAAGAGACUGAGACAGCACCAUUCAACAGUACGAGAACUUCUCCACGUAACAAACGAAGUUAA